CCCCCGCAGUGUUGCGCGCCUCGGCACAUCAAGCAAAAGCUACUGUUGAACUGAAGGCACCAUGGCCACACCAACGUCUCUAGAUCCAGAUUUGUUUCGGGAGGUGCUGGAAUGCCCCAUUUGUCUGGAGAUGUACAACCAGGAUCAGCUUCGACCCAAACUACUGCAGUGCGGUCACUCAGUUUGUCGUCAAUGCCUUGAGAAACUCCUCGCCAGCACGAUAAAUGGUGUGCGCUGCCCCUUCUGCAGCAAGGUGUCUCGUAUGAGCAGUAUUUCCCAGCUGGCUGACAAUCUCACCGUGUUGAAGAUCAUUGACUGUGCGAGUUCAUGCAACUCUACCAUGGGUCUCAUGUGCAAGUCUUGUAAAAACCGCCUGCCCCGGCAGUACUGCAGUGACUGCAGCAUCGUGUUGUGUGAUAUUUGUAAAAACGAGGGCCACCAGUGUCAAGGUCACGUCGUACAGGCCAUUCGCGUGGCUGCCGAACAGUGCCGGAAAGACAUCAGCGGGAAGAUUUCUAACUUGCGGGAGGCAAUGGGAAACAUUCAGAAGAAGAAGGCAGCUAUUGACAAUGUGACAAAAUCACUCAGACUGAAGUACAAGGCUGUACAGCAGGAAUACGCCAAGGCUGAGCUGCGGCUCCAAGAGGAACUUGGCCGCUCACACCGUGCCUUUGCCACCUCCUUGGCCGAAAUAGAGAAACUCAAUGCCCAGAUUCUGGAGGAGCAGACUUACCUGCUCAAUAUCGCUGAAGUGCAGGUGGUGUCAAGAUGUGACUAUCUUACCAUGAGGAUCAAGCAGACAGAUAUUGCUCUACUGGAAGAAGGGAGCAACCAUGAAGAAGAAGAGUUGGACUUGAAAACUAAUUUGCCUGUCAUUCUGAAACUACAAGACCCUGAAUUUGUUAAAACGGAGUGCUCGAAACCUUUGAACUUGGGGCAGCUGACCACAAAACCCUGCAUUGUCAAUGCCGAGGAAGAAGACGGACUUGAUUUCACCACUUCCGCUGCCGCCCCAUUGGACAUUUACCGUGAUACUGACAUGGAUACGGCAGUUGAAGAGGCUGUUUGCGCUUCUCCCGGUAGCUUCAAGUCCAAGUCUGUCGAUGGUGGUAGACCUUCUCCAGGAGCUUCUGGUGGGCAACUCUGUCAGUUUGUGAAAAAGAUGGGCUGCAAGGGCAAUCUGCCGGGCAUGUUCAACUUGCCGGUAAGUAUUUGCGUCACGCCGCAGGGCGAGGUGCUUGUGGCCGACCGAGGAAAUUACCGCAUCCAGAUCUUCAACCGCAAGGGCUUCCAAAGGGAGAUACGGCGCAACCCGAGCAGCAUCGACAACUUUGUCUUGAGCUUCCUAGGUGCCGACCUGCCCAACCUCAUCCCGCUCUCUAUUGCAAUCACUGCUCAAGGCCUCAUCGGUGUCACCGACAACUAUGACAACUCCGUGAAGGUUUACACCACUGAUGGCCACUGCAUCGCCUGUCACAAGAACCAGCUCAUCAAGCCAUGGGGAAUCGCGGCCAUGCCUUCAGGCCAGUUCGUUGUGUCAGAUGUAGAGGGGGGAAAGCUGUGGUGCCUGGCCGUGGAUCGUAACGUAGGGGUUGUGAAUUACAAUCGCUUGUGCUCGGCCGUCAGGCCCAAAUUUGUAACUUGCGACUCCUCAGGUACAGUUUACUUCACACAGGGCUUGGGUCUAAACAUCGAGAAUAGACACAACGAACACCACCUUGAGGGGGGUUUCUCAAUUGGGUCGGUGGGAAUGGAUGGCCAGCUGGGAAAGCAACUCAGCCACUUCUUCUCAGAGACCGAGGACUUCCGAUGCAUUACCGGCAUGUGCGUGGACUCUAAUGGAGACUUGAUCGUGACAGACAGUGGCCGUAAGGAGAUACUACAGUUCCCUAAAGAAGGUGGCUAUAAUAUUCUCAUUCAGGAGGACUUAACAUGCCCUGUAGGGGUAGCUGUUACCCAGAAGGGACAACUGCUCGUCUUAGAUUGCUGGGACCACUGUGUGAAGGUCUACACUUACUUGCAAAGGAGACGUUCCUCUACAUGUUAAGAUUGCUGUGUGGAUAAUUUAGAAUACUUUUCACUUUAAUUCAGUGGCUUCAUUAUAAAUGUUUGCUUCUCAGUGAUUUCUGACCUGUGGCUUGGAGUAGCCAGGAUCAGGCAACUAAGCCGCAACCAUUCACCACUGCCAUGGAGCAAUUGGAUGAUGACUUAUGGGUAUUAUUAUGGAUGCUUUGGGCAAAUAGAUUUCGAAAUUUAGCACAACCGAUGGCAAUAACUGACAAUGUUGUUCUUUAUGUGUGCAAAUCAGUUAUCGUGUUUUGUUUUUUUUCUUUUUUUUUCUGUGCUGCUGUACAGGCAUUAAGAUGGUGUUUUGAGUUACUGAGAAGGCCAUCUUUAUAGUUGCUAUAUAAAUGAUAUCAAAGGAAUAUUCCUGUUUCGAUUCGAGUUAGGCUCAAUCAAAAGCAUUUGUGGUCUAAUGUUGAUAAUCACUAAAAGACCUCCCCCACCCAAAAAAAGGUUAUGGUGAGGCAAUUACUAUGUAAAUGUGAGGCUUAUAUCAAAAAAAAAAAAAAAAAA